AGGAAACGGAAAAUAUCUAGAACUACAGCCUAAAAGUAUGCAAUGUAUAGAAAGUACAAAAUCGUAUUACAACAAUACCUCGUCAGCACUAUUAGCCUCUAUAUUAGCCACUAGCACUAACAACAACUCCUCCCAUUCUGAGGAGAUCUCAAACUCACACUCCUUUAGCCAAGAAUCGGGUGAAAUAACAGAAUGUGUUUGGCGUCGUAGUGAGUUAUCGGCUUUGGAAUUUGUUAUUUAUGCUUUUGUGGUGCCUUCGUUGGCUUUUUUCGGUUUAUGUGCCAACUUUAUAAAUGCCAUUGUCUUUAUGAGGCCCAAAAUGACACCAUCAGCUUUUAGUUACUUGGCUGCUCUCUCUUGGCUAGACUGUAUAUCGUGCAUGCUAAUUACCCUGACAGCCUUUUCACGCAGUUUCCUCUAUUCGAGCACAUUUUGGAUGGCCUAUGAUUUUCAGUGGCAAACCCCUUUGUUUGGCAUAACCACCGGAGCAGCAAAUCUCAUAUUGGCCUGUGUUAGUUUGGAUCGUUUUAUUUAUUUGCGUUGGGGCAUACCGAAUGGCACACCUAAGUUUUGUAGACGUUUUGUGGCUAGAAGAAUGAUUUUGGCUGUGAUUUUAUUAGCGAUUAUAGUGAAUGUGCCCUAUUUUUGUGUAUUUGUGGUAAAUGAUGAUGGAACAUUUGAAACAACGGCAUUUUACUUUUCCAAAUAUUAUAUGAUCCACAAUUGGUUUACUUUUAUUUUGCUUACACUAUUGCCGGCCAUAUUUUUAAUGGUAGGCAAUACAGCCAUUUUAAUAGCCUUCUGCCAAUGGACUAAACAAAGUAAAAAAUGUCAAAGUAAUUAUGCCAAUGCUAGCAAUAAAAAUGCCCAAAAUCGUUAUAAGCAUCAAAUGAAACUAACCGUUACCAUUAUCAUUGUCAUAACACUUUAUCUAGUGGGUGAGUUGCCCGCCCAUUUAACCUCACGCAAAAGUGCCGUUAAUCUACUUUAUGGUGGUGAUGUUUCUAAAGUAGAUUUUAAAACCAUGCAACGUUUAGAGGUCAUAUGUAUAACGCUAAAUGCCAUACAACUUAGCAUGAAUAUUAUAGUAUAUGCUGUGAUAAAUCCCUCUUUUGUGCCAGAAUUUUUUAAUUGCCUAAAGGGUGCUUCGGAUGUCUGCUUUCGCUUUAUGGGUUGUCUGGCCUUGGCAAGCUGUUGGCAUAAAACUUGCAGUUCAAGGAAGAAGAAACAUAAAAAUUCAGAGUGUGCUAAUAAUGAGGGCACAAAUAAUGCGAGUACUGAUUUUAACGGGCAUAGUUUGAGUGAUAUUCAUUGUUAUGAGGAGAACGAAAAUGGACCAGAUGAAAGCACUUUGGAUGUGACGAGUCAGGGAAAAAGUGUGCGACAGGAGCUGGAAAUUUCUGUAAUAUGUUUAGCAAAUCGGAAAAAACUCGAUAAUUCACAAAUUCUCGAAAGACUUUUGGAAUACAAAGAUAUAUGCAAAGAUUUAGAAGUAUUUACCAAGGAUAUAAAGCCAAAUGACGAGGAGAAAGAUGAAGAAGACGUAGAUGAAAAUCAUUAUAAUGAAGAUAAUGCAAAUGAAGUUCUCAAGGUUAUAGAGUCAGCGGUGUUGCCUUCUGCCAAUGGAACUAAACAAAGUAAAAAAUGUCAAAGUAAUUAUGCCAAUGCUAGCAAUAAAAAUGCCCAAAAUCGUUAUAAGCAUCAAAUGAAACUAACCGUUACCAUUAUCAUUGUCAUAACACUUUAUCUAGUGGUCAGGGAAAAAGUGUGCGACAAGGAGCUGGAAAUUUCUGUAAUAUGUUUAGCAAAUGUAAAGCAAUCAUUUGAUAAUCCUUCAUUUAAUUUAGAAAUAGUAGAAUAA